CCUCCGAGCAAGGGCAGCCUUUUGGCCACCAACGGGUUCUUUCUCCCGCGCGUGGAUUCCGGAAGAGGCAAAGCGGGGAAACGGGCUCAUGGGCCAGCCUCGGGCAUUAAAUAAAAGCACCAUUUUGAAGCAGGAAGUACCCACUGAAGAUCAUGAAACCUAAUUGGUUGCUGUGUGUAGCAUUGCUGUUGGUUGGAACUUCCAGUAUCCAGGCACAUGAUGAUGAAUUUGACCAUGAUAACGAUGAUGUAAUAGACAUUGAAGAUUCCCUUGAUGAUGGUGCCGAGGAGGUAGAGGAGCUGAAGCAUGAAGCCAGUACUCCUCCUCCACUCCCAAAGGUAACUUACAAGGCCCCAGUCCCAACAGGAGAAGUUUAUUUUGCUGAGAACUUUGAUAAAGGAACUUUAGCAGGAUGGAUUCUUUCAAAAGCUAAGAAGGAGGACACAGAUGAUGAAAUUGCCAAGUAUGAUGGCAAAUGGGAAGUGCAGGAGAUGAAGGAAACUAAACUUCCAGGGGACAAAGGGCUUGUGCUGUUGUCCCGAGCUAAACAUCAUGCUAUCUCUGCCAAACUCACCAAGCCUUUUAUCUUUGAUACCAAACCCCUCAUUGUACAGUAUGAAGUCAGUUUCCAGAAUGGAAUUGAAUGUGGUGGUGCAUAUGUGAAGCUACUUUCCAAAACCUCUGAACUGAACCUGGAUCAGUUCCAUGACAAAACUUCCUAUACAAUUAUGUUUGGACCUGACAAAUGUGGAGAAGACUACAAAUUGCACUUCAUCUUCCGACACAAGAGCCCCAAGACUGGCAAAUAUGAGGAGAAGCAUGCAAAACGUCCUGAUGCAGAUCUGAAGAACUAUUUUAGCGAUAAAAAGACUCACCUUUACACACUGAUUUUGAACCCAGACAACAGCUUUGAAAUCCUCAUUGAUCAAAAUGUUGUAAAUAGUGGGAAUCUGCUGUCAGACAUGACUCCUCCUGUGAAUCCUCCUCAAGAGAUAGAGGAUCCAAAUGAUCAGAAGCCAGAGGAUUGGGAUGAGAGAGCCAAGAUUGCAGAUCCAGAUGCAGUUAAACCAGAUGAUUGGGAUGAGGAUGCUCCUGCUAAGAUUCCAGAUGAAGAUGCUGUGAAGCCAGAAGGCUGGUUAGAUGAUGAGCCAGAAUACAUUGCAGACCCUGAUGCAGAGAAACCUGAGGAUUGGGAUGAAGAUAUGGAUGGAGAGUGGGAGGCACCUCAGAUUGCAAAUCCCAAAUGUGAGUCAGCCCCUGGCUGUGGUGCCUGGCAGCGGCCCAUGAUUGACAAUCCCAACUUUAAAGGCAAAUGGAAACCGCCCAUGAUCGAUAACCCUAACUACCAGGGCAUCUGGAAGCCGAGGAAGAUUCCAAACCCAGAUUUCUUUGAAGAUUUGGAGCCUUUCAAAAUGACUCCCUUUAGUGCUCUGGGGCUUGAGUUAUGGUCUAUGACUUCUGACAUAUUCUUUGAUAACUUCAUCAUCUGCACAGAUCGAGGAGUGGCCGAUGACUGGGGUAAUGAUGGAUGGGGUCUGAAGAAGGCAGCUGAUGGUGCAGCUGAGCCUGGCGUUGUGGGUCAAAUGAUGGCAGCUGCUGAAGAGCGUCCCUGGCUUUGGAUAGUUUACAUCCUGACUGUGGCUCUGCCUGUGUUUCUUGUUAUCCUUUUCUGCUGUUCUGGAAAGAAACAACCAAGUGCUGCAGAGUACAAAAAAACUGAUGCCCCUCAACCAGAUGUAAAUGAAGAAGAGAAGGUAGAAGAAAGAGAUAAGGAAGAUGCGGAGGAAGAGGAGGAAGAAAUGAAUGAAGACAAGCCAGAAGUGAAGCAGAAGAGUGAUGGUGAUGCAGAAACCGCAAGUCAGGAGGAAGAGGAAGAAGAGGAGGAUGAGGAAGAAGAAGCAAGGAAACCCACUGAAGAGGAAGAAGAAACUGCAAAUCGAUCCCCCAGAAAUAGAAAAUCAAUAAAAGAUUGAAGUACCUUAAGAACUUGAUCUGAUUAAUUUUCCCCAACAUGGUUUUGGGAGAGGACCUUGGAUACCUUAUGCUGAAACUCAGAAAAAACCUCAAGACUUCACCAUCCACAGGUUCCUGUCAAAUGCUCUCCAAUGUACAUGAGUGUUUAGCAGUAAAAUAUUCGCAGUUGUGUUUUUAAAUAGAGUAUUCCUGUAGAAAAAGAGUGCAUUUAACACAACCCAGCUAUGGAUUUCUGGAAUGUUACACGAACUAAUGUUUUUUCUUUUGUGUUUAAAGAGUUUGUUUUAAAUAGAAUGAUAGAUUUGCCAGUCUCAAACUUGGCUUAAAUUAAUGCAUUAACACAUCAACUGUGGAAAUGAAUAUCAGAAAAAUGCUAGCUUCUUUAAAAAAUAUGGACAUUCUGAAACCAUAUUUCUCUUAAUUUGAUCAUGUUAAAGCAAGGUUGUCAAUUCAAUGAAUUAACUUUUUCAUUUCAGUCAAAAAUAGAAUGGGUAAUUAAAAUUCAUUAGAAGAAAAUAAUAUCAAGAGUUCAAAUACUUUUUCCUCAUCUUUCAUUGGAGAAAAAAAACAGGUCAUGAACUAUCCAUGUUGGGCAUGGGUUCCAUCUACUUUACAGUAUUUUCACUUGGCCUGAUUUUGGGAACAGGUUUUGAAUUAAGGUACUAAGGCUGAAACUGGAUGUCCUGUUGCUUUAGUACUUAAACUCUUUUCAGAAUAGAGUUUGUUUUCCUUGUGUGCUGGGUUUUCUAUUUUUUUCUCCUUUGUUUUAAAAUUAUUUCCUCCCAUUACUGCUUCUGCUGUUUCACAAUGCUUGCAGAACGCAACAUGGCUGGUACAGAAUACAUAUGUUCAGCUCACCAUUAAGUCUGUUCAUUUUUUUUUUAUUCUCAAAAGGUGAAACUAUUUCUGAGGUCCAAAUGCUGUGGACAGGGCAGUGUUGCUAAUUUUCUCAUUGUUGCCAUUAUAUGUAUGCUAAUGACAGAGACAAGAUGAUCUAAAGCAGAGGCAAGGUGAUCUGAAAGACUUGCACCCAAGAGCAGAUGUCAGUAUGUGUGGCUAAAGGAGGAGCAUGUAAAACAAAUUGCUGGGUAUAUGUAACAGUUUGAAUCUGCAUCUGCUCUUCAUGUAUCAACCUAUAUUGUGAAUUUAGGGGGUUCCAAUUCCAGCUGAAUAAAUUUUUUUAAAAAGUUUCAUUGAGUAUUUAGCAGUUUAAAGGCCUUUUUGUGUAGAAUACGGACAACUAUCAGAACGUAUGCCUCUAAGAGGAUAAAACUGUAAUCCCUUCACUGUAUUAAAAUGAGUGGGGGAAGGGGCAAGAUUAGAUGCCUUGAGUGCUAUCUGUUAUCCAUUAUUCUUGUGUAAAUGGGCAAAAUUGUGUUUUGUGCACUGAAUAGAAACACUCCCAAGUUUUUUCUUGUGGAUAAAAAGAAUUCUCAAAGUGAUCAAACUAGUUCAGAAAACAUUUUUAAUGGCUGCCUGGUAACAAGAGCUUUGGCUGCAUAUGUGGUAUGGUUAUUUUAUUCAAAUUCACAACCAUAAAUACCCUUCUAACCUUCUUGACAUGGUCAGUGCAUAGAUAUUCCAAACCAGCUAAAAGUGUAUGCUUGCGGACCAUUUUAUUUAGAAAAGAAGUCUUGCGCACCUUGUUAAACUUUGCUGAUUACCUGACAGUUCCACAAUGUCACUGCUGCCUUGUUGGGAGCUAUAGGGGUUGCAGGCAUGGCUUUCAUAAUUAGCUCUUUCUAGUCACUGGUCUGAAACAUUGUUUAGACAGCAAUGGAACUGCUGUCCAUGUUUGUCUCUUGUCUUAUUCCAACCCAUAGUUGAUAUGCAGUGACUGUUUACAGUGUGUACUGUUUUAACAUGUUUGAGUUAAUACUAUCUGUUUUUGUGCAUAAUACUUCAACAACCCCUUUUUCCUGUGAAUCGUGCUCCUUUUUCUCCAGCCCACUGUGAGAAAUGAAAUACUAAUUUCAUUUACAAACGAAGUUCUUGAGACAAUGCUUAAUUAAAACUAAACAUUUUUUCCGGCUUCCAUACAACCUCUUGAGAAAGCAUUCCUGCUUGCAUGUUCUGGCUCUUCUGAUGUCAGUGAAAUUUUAAAAGGCACUACAGUGACAUUUUUGCAAUCUAUUGCUUGAAAUGUACUGCUUUAAAGACCUUUAGCCCAGUGUUUAACUGUGAACCCAUUUUAAGCAGUGUGCCACACUGAGAGAUGACUGUUGCAAUCAGCUGUUUCAGAAUGGAUGUAAGGGUUCAUGUAGAUUGUAGUUUUCAUAUUACAAGCACUGAUGCUGUCUGAUCUGAAAGAUGACGAUUUUUAAAAAGAGUACUUCAACGUGAAACCUUUUCAAAAUCUAUAAUGGUACAGCUAACUUAACAGUAGGUAGAAUCUGGGUAAUGACUUCAAUAAAAUGAGUUGAAUUGAAAUGAUGGUGGGGAAGCAGAGUCCUAAACUGCAUUAGUUAAUUUUGAUGUUUUUUUAAAGUAAAUGUUCCCUUUCCCAGACUAUAACUUUAGAUUGCACUGAAUAGGAUGCAAUGGCUUAUUCUUUUGUCUGGUAAAUAAGUUGCAUUCUAGAAAUCUCAAACCAUUUUGGGUUAGUAUCUUGGGUGAAAAUAGAUACUAUGUAACAAGGUAAUGCUCCUUCAGUGAAGGUAGCAUGCCUUUGGAUAUUUUACAUUGCUAACUUAAAUUAAAAUUACAGAUGGUAAAAUGCAUUGAGGCUCCUAUUCUGGCAGUUUCGGAUGCCAGAAAUCUCAUGCAGUCAGUCAUUAAUGGGGAAAAGUAUUCUAGUUCUUCAAUGCUUGGCUUCACAAUUUGUGGCAGUAAAUAUGGUGCUAUUGGCUACUUGGCACCCUUCUGCCUGCACAUACUAGUUUUCUAAGUGCCAGUACUGCAUCUGUACAAGUUGUUUCUGAUACAACCCCCUCAAGUGUUAGUAGAUGAGACUAUGACUUCUCAAAGUCCUGACUGUUAAAAGAACUGAAUAUUCAGUAUGCAUAUAUAAUAUAUUGGUUAAGUUAUGAAGAAAUGUAAGCUUACUCUGAUUAAUAAAGAAGCACAUAAUUA